AUGGAGUGUGGAUUGGAACAGAGACCCCUCCUCUUCUUCAGUCGGGAACACGUUGAUAGUGUUCUGUACGGAUGUGUUCGUAACAACGGAACAGCCACGGCGCAUUCCCUGUCUGGACUGAGCUUUCCAAAUGAUGGUUUUUCUACAGCUGAUAGGUCGAAAUAUUUUUGGUCGCGUGGGAAAGUCCCCAUCAACGGAAACACAAGUAUUUUUGACAAAGAACAUCUCCAUGUUUCGUCGUUGGAUGUACCAGAAGGAGUCAGUGUAUUUUGGACAAUUGUAUGCGGCACGGUACAUUAUGGUGUAUUCUGCCAGCAUAAUGUAAUACCCAAAGGAACACGAUUUGGACCGUUCAUUGGAAAGAUAGUCAACACGAGCGAGAUUAAGACAAAUGACGACAAUUCACUUAUGUGGGAGAUCUUCACUGACGGGAAGCUCAGUCAUUUUAUAGAUGGACGUGGUACCACAGGGAGUUGGAUGAGCUACAUCAACUGUGCGCGAUAUGCGAAUGAGCAAAACCUAAUAGCACGACAGGAGGAUGGGCAGAUUUAUUAUGAGGCCUGCCGAGACAUACGGCAUGGGUCGGAGCUUUUAGUCUGGUACGGUGAUUCCUACAUUCAGUUUAUGGGCAUUCCAGUUUCACUAAAAUAUGUAGCAUCGACGUCAACGAAAACGACAGAAAACACAAUCGAUUCGGCGGGUUAUAGUUGUGAACGUUGCGGGAAAGUAUUUACAUACGGAUACUACCGUGACAAACAUCUGAAAUAUACACGGUGCGUAGACCAAGGAAAUCGCAAAUUUCCAUGUCAUCUUUGUACUCGUUCAUUUGAGAAGAGAGAUCGACUCAGGAUACAUAUACUGCAUGUACACGAGAAACACCGCCCUCACAAGUGUACGGUGUGUGGGAAAAGUUUUUCCCAGUCUUCAAGCUUAAACAAACAUAUGCGAGUCCACAGCGGAGAAAGACCUUAUAAAUGUGUGUACUGCAGUAAAGCUUUCACAGCUUCCAGCAUUCUUCGGACACAUAUCCGUCAACACAGUGGAGAGAAACCGUUUAAAUGCAAGCACUGCGGCAAGGCGUUCGCCUCGCACGCCGCUCAUGACAGUCACGUGAGAAGAACGCACAUGACGCGAGACCCGCGCUUCGUGGCGUGUCAAGUUUGUGGGAAAAGUUUCAGCGAACCUUAUGAGUUGAAAUUCCACAUGAAUAUGCAUAUGCACAGCGGACAGACAACAAGUCUUAAUAUUCCCAGCAUUCAAGAAGCUCAUAUAACGUCAUAA